UAAAUUCAACAAAUUAUGCAGUUGUCAGUGACAGUUACAGUCCAGUCCCCUCAAAUAAACGAUCUUUGUGUUUUCUCAUUGCAGAUAAAUUCGACAAGGCGUCUUCCCUCCUUUGCAGCCAUGGCUCACUCCGUGUCUGGAGGGACUGUGCUCACCAUCCUCCUCAUUAGCAGGUUGUUAGAGAACUCGCUGCUCAACGCAGAAGUGAAGGAAGGAGAGAUUCUGCCUCCUACCAUUCAGAGGCUGAUGAAAGGAUACAACAAGUAUCUCAGGCCUUUCUUUGACAAUGGUCCUGUGACGGUGGGAAUGAGUUUGGACAUCGCUAGCAUUGACACCAUUUCUGAGAUCAACAUGGACUACACAGCCACCAUAUUCCUCCGCCAGCGCUGGACGGAUGAGCGCUUGGUGUUUGAGGGCAACAAGAGCCUGAGCCUCGACGGGCGCCUGGUGGAGCUUCUCUGGGUGCCGGACACUUUUAUUGUUGACUCCAAAAAAUCCUUCCUGCAUGAUAUCACAGUGGAGAACAGACUGAUCCGCAUCUUCCCCAAUGGGACCGUCCUUUAUGCUCUGAGGAUCACCACCACUGUGGCGUGCAACAUGGAUCUGACGAAGUACCCAAUGGACAAGCAGACCUGCACGUUACAACUAGAGAGCUGGGGCUACAACAUCAACGAUGUCAUGUUUUACUGGACCCGAGGAAAUGAGUCUGUCAGCGGUUUAGACACCCUGCAACUGGCUCAGUACACCGUGGAGGACCACUACACAUCUGUCUCAGAAGCUAUCUACGAAACAGGCCAUUACCCGAGGCUGGUUUUCCACUUCGAGCUGAAAAGGAGCAUUCUCUAUUUCAUCCUGGAGACGUAUGUCCCCUCCAGCCUGCUGGUGGUCCUCUCAUGGGUGUCCUUCUGGAUUUCCUUAUCCUCUGUUCCGGCUCGAAUUUGCAUAGGAGUGACCACAGUCCUGACUAUGACCACCCUGAUGAUGGGAGCGCGGACGUCGCUGCCCAAUGCCAACUGCUUCAUCAAGGCCAUCGACGUCUACUUGGGAAUCUGCUUCAGCUUCAUCUUUGGAGCGCUUAUUGAGUACGCCGUGGCCCACUUCUGCACGCUAACUCAUGCUGAUGCUCACAUGCUGAUGUACGGCCACCACAUGUACGACAUGGACGACGAAAUGAACGGCAUCAUCACCACCAUUUCCACUCACUCCAGCAGAGCCAAGAGACGCAAGGAGCCCGCCGUCACCUCGCCGCCGGCGCCUGCCUCGGCAGAACUCAGCGUCAGCCCCUCCAGUCCUUCAGGCAGUGAGCCCAAGCCUGAAGUGUCCCCUCCAGAACCCACCAACUGGUGCCUCACCACUCUUGCCACACUGCGCAAAAUCCUCCGCUUUAUAAGCUGCUGUCACAUCGAGAACCCCCACCACAUAGACAACUACUCCAGAGUCACCUUCCCCCUUUCUUUCGUCAUUGUCAACCUGCUCUACUGGACAUAUUAUCUGUACUUCUAGUAUCGGCUUUAGAGCGGCAGUGUGUCUCUGAGAGUGUGAGGCAAAGAGUGUAUGUAGGCAAGAAGUGUAUUUUACUGUAUGUAUGUACAGAAAGCAUUAACAAGGUGUGUUCUGAGAUGGGUUUAUACCGUUUCUAUAUUUGGUUUCAUAAGCAAAGUAGCAAAUUCAAAUGAGACCAUUGGUUUUAUUUAUUUAUUUAUUUAUUUAUUUAUUUAUUUAAAAAUAGAACUGCAGCUUCAUUUUGAAUAUCAAAACAGGUGCAUUUCAAUAAAUUAGAAUAUAAUUGAUAGCUGAAAUAGCAGUCCGGUGAAAAGUAUCCCCAUUUACAAUAUAGAUGCUCAAUAAUUGGUUUCUGCUCUUUUGCAUGAACUGCUGGUUCAGUGUGGCUCAGCGUGGCAGCUGGUUGCCUUCAUCUGCUCCGAUUGUUGGCUCUGGUGUCGUUUGUCUUCAUAGGUUCUGUAUUAGGAUUAGGUUAGGGUAGUUUGCUCGAAAUCUAAAUGAGGAUCUCCAUAUUGUUUGUUAACAAAGGGAAGCAUAAAGUGCUCUAAAUGUUGAUUGUUGCGCUGACGUUAGGUUUGCUAAAACAAGGUGGAACAACACCGGCAGAUGCUGUUUCUUCCAAAAUUAGUGGGAAUUUCCACAGUCAGUUUUAUGAAGAGCUCCACUAAAAAAAGGCUGCACCUUUUUUCUACUUUACUUUUUUCCUUCCACACAACUUCCCAGUAAUAUACUAAGAUACAGAACUCAACCAACUUGAUAAUAAUGAAUUUUUAUUUCUUGCAAAUUAGAAGUCUUUGCCUUGAUUUUCAAUGCUGAUAUUUGUAAAUUAUAGCAUUUUUUUCUGUCAUUGGUCUGAUAUAAUAUUCAAAUUUCUGAGAAAUUAAAUUUGGAGUUUUCAUUAGGUGUAAUCAAAAUGAAUGGAAAUGACACUAUAUUACAUGCAGGUUUUUAAUGAUAUUUUAAUUUACUUGGAUUCACCUGUUUACUUUCAAUUCCUGCUUUUCUAAAUAAAUCAGUUAUUUUGCUAAAACGAAACGGCCAGCUUUAAUCAGAGAACAUAAGGUCUGAACAGUUUUACCAAUCCAAAAGUAAGAAAAGGCUACUGCUUUCCUUCUAGUUGGGAUAUAUUCAUUUUAAGAUGGAGCUGUGAUUAAAGGCUUUGUGACAGAUUUCACAAGGGCUGUUAGGUGAGAGCAAAUUCCCACAGCACUUUGAUUUUCUGCUGUGAUGGACUGAUCAUCGAUAUUUUAUAACUUCAUCUUCUGUUUCCUGCAACAUUUAGGAGGAAGUAGAGAAAAAAACAAAUGACAGUUGUGAGGUGAAAAAGACCCAUCAUGGAGUUUGUUAAAAAAAAGAAAAAAACUCUAAAACAUUCUCCAAAUGGAGGAUCGCUCCUGAAGGAGCUGGAAAAAUCUUUUCUCUGUAACUCUGUGAGUUAUUUUUUUUGCUUGCAUUUUUUGUUUUUUUAUUGAGAAUAUGAACAUAUAUAGUGGCCUUUAGUCAUUUAUAAACCAAUUUUAUCACAUUAAUCAUCAUACAACUCUGAAGCCCUCUGUAUCCACUCCCUAUUAAGAAAUUUCACAUUCUGAAUUUUAUGAAUACAGUACAUGUUAUUAAAUAACAUGAAACAUAAAAAGAAAGUGUAAGAAAUGGUUCAUCCUAAAAUACCAGAGGUAUAAGAGAAAUUAUGUGGCAUAAAUGGUGAAUAAAUGUGCCAAACUGAAAAGAAACAAACCCACUUCAUAUGCAGAUGGUACAGGAUUUGUCUGGAUUUCCUUUGAGAUUCUGUUUCUCAUGAUGCAGACCUCUCCAAAAUGGAAAAUCUUUUAAAAAGGAGGUGUCUCAAAUAUGUUUCCUCCCACUGUAAACAUCAAACCACUUCUGAAGUAGUAGCUAAUCAUAAAAAAUGCUUUUUUAGGGAUAUUUAAUUAUUGUCAACACUGCCUGCUCAUGUGAUGCCGUGGUAAAUUACAAUCUUGUCUCCUGAGACUCGCCUUAAAUUGAACUAGAUUUUCCCACUGAGGGGGAAAAGGAAACAUUAUUCUCUUUAUAAUCAAUUCUGUGGUACGAAAUAAACCUGAUAAAUCCAGAAAAACAAACUGUUAUCACCAUAUCAUAAACUCUGUAUGUAGAUAGUUAAGCUUUUGCUAAUUCACGCUGUGGAGUCGAUGCCCACAGAGCAGGAGUAACAGAUCAGACAUGUGGAUUUGUAGGACUGCCACACUUCAAACUACAAUCAGAUACGUUAUUUAUGCAGUAUUUCUCUCUGCGGCUUCAGCAAUUGUUUCUCGCUGGGUUUUGUAAAAACAUAAGGUAGUAGCCAGACUUUGUGGAAUGGGAAUGAAAUGGCCAAAAUAAACAAAGAGGACAAAAGCCUCUGUGCACUGUGAAAAACAAAAACAGAACAGCAUGGCAUUUCUUGGUUUUCAUGAUUCAACUUUUACAAAGAAGGGGGAAAUGCCAUUCCAGUGACUGCUAACAUAACCAUGAUGGGGCAGCAAGUGGCUACAACAUCUUUAUUACAUUUUAAAAGCCAUAAAAAGCAUUCUACGUGUAGCCAGUGAUUGUGUUUUUGCAGCAACUUCACAGAAAUAAACAAUAGGAAACCAUUGUGUCCACUGAACACAUCAAGGUGUAAUGGUCAUAACAAACUACAGGACAAAAGUACACCCUUUGUCACUGUGUGCCCACAGUUGAUGUGUUGCAAAGAGGGAAAUGGGGAAACAGGACCUGAGUUUAUAGUGGCCUUGUGACUGGGUCAGAGCAUCCAGCAUCCCUGUCUGCAGUGGUCAGUCUCUAUUUAAAGUGGUCCAAGGCAGGAGAAGUUGUGACUCUGUGACAGGGUCAUUCAUGUACAGGCUGGCCGCUAGAUAGACUGGAUCUAUCCAACAGAAAAGACACCGCUGACCAAAUUACUGAUUAAUUUAAUACCAGUUCUCAAAGAAGCAGGCAAAAAUACACAGACCCUCAUGGUGUCUCCUGUCCAGUGCUGAAAUAACCAACAAUCUGAUGAAUUAAAUUAUCUUUCAUAAUCCCUGAAUGGCCCAGUGAGCCUCCGUUGGCCAUCUGGGGAACACAAAGCACCACGAAGCGAAAAGAAGGCAAGUUACAUUAGCAUGAUAAUGACAAUGUUCUGCUGCAAAACGUCUUGGUGGAUGUUACUUUGACUUUGACCCAUUGUUAUACACCCAUCUAUGGAAGCAGUGCAGUUGUCUGAAUGUACCUUCUCUGUUUGAGGAACACAGCAACAUGUUUGAGGUGUUGACUUGGCCUUCAAACCUCCCAAAUCUAAAUCCUCUGGACUGACAUGAAUCCUUAAAGUUGCAGCCAAGAAGGGGGAACCAGUCCAGUAUUUGGCUGGUGAUCAUAAUGAUAUGCCUGAUGUUGUUCUCUUUGAAAGAAGAACAAUUUUAUCAUUCUGUUAGGGAGCAUAAAAUAUGCUAUUUUUUAUUUUUUAACUUUAUUUUUGUUUACUUGUGACAUUUCUCUUUGGGCUUUCAGUUUUCCCUCUGACUAAUCUGUAAUGCGGUGACCUCCACCACAUUAUAAUCUGGACAGCAGGUGCAAAAACAUAACACACCCGAUUUAACAAUGCCUUGGUUUGUUUGCUCGCAGGAAUUUGAGCCAAAGAAGAUGCUUUCAUUAUUGUUAGUUUUCCCUUUAGUGUCAAAUGCUUAAAGUGCUUUGCUAAAAAGAAUCUACCAUGAUUGUUUCUGUAGUCACUAGAGAAUACAUAACAAACCGCAUGUUGUAGGCGAGCAGAUGAAAACACUCACACAACAGGAUUCAGUUGAACUAAGGAGAUGCAUGUUUAUUUCUUGCCGUUUACUCAGUAUUACUGUGAAAAACUGAAGGUUGGUGAAUUAAAACCACAGUUCAUUUUUCAAGAACUCGUUUUGGGUUUGUCAUGGAGAGCUAAACUGUCAAUGUACAGUCAACGACCUGCUUUAGCUCCAUGGUUUUAUAUCUGUUUCACUGACAAACAUUUCAAUUCUCUCUUCUGCCUGAUGUUUGAUGAAAAGUAGGAUCUGUUUAGUUUGUAUUUUCCUUUCUGCAUGGUUUUAGGUGUACCUCUUUUCCUUCUACAUUCUUUUAUUUUGUCUAACGUACAGAAUUAGUCACUGUAAAAAGCUAAUUGUGAGGACUGGGUUCGUAGAGUGCUCAUUGCCAAACACGAGAGUUAAAAUUUAGAAAAUUUAAAUUUGGUCAAAUUUUCCAGGCCCUCCCACCAAACUGUGAGCGACAUCUUCUCUGUGGAUGUUGGAAAACAUUUGCUUUUUAUAUUUAUUAUCAUUAUUAUUACUUUGCUAAGCUAGAUAAGCUUAACAUAUGCAUGUAAAUGUGGAGCCAAAGAGCCACAGCACCAAGAACACCGAUCCCUCGCCGCAUCGGAUCCAGUCAUGUUUUAAAAACACACUGAAUGAACGUAGUUUUGGACGGACACGAUGCUGGAGGACAUCUCUGGGACAGUGGAGGGAUAUAUUUAAAGGAAAAUGGAAAACAGAGACCUUUCAUGCCCCAGAGGGGGGGAUCUGUCAGUUAUAACUGAGGGGACAACUUUACUUCACGGGACAUUUUCUUGUCAAAUGUAUUUAUACACAGUUGUAACAUCCAGUUGCUUUAUCUGCUGUAAAUAAACAAUACCACUAUGCAUGUUUAUCUGGUGUAUGAAUGUGAAUAAUAGCAAUAAAAAGGUUUAAUGUG